AUGGCGCAGGAUGUUGCCACACCGUUCGGGCUGACGCCGCUGGAAUGGCGCUUCACCGAGGCGCUGGCGCUGAUCACGCUGGCCUGCCUGUUCGUACCGCUGUCGCGCCGGCUGGGCCUGGGCACGGUGAUCGGCUAUCUGCUGUCGGGCAUCACGGCGGGCGUCGCGCUGACCCUGUCGUUUACCGAGGACCCGCAGGCGUUGUUGCGCUUUGCCGAGUUCGGGGUUGUGCUGUUCCUGUUCGUCAUCGGGCUCGAAUUCCGGCCGGCGCGGCUGUGGGCGAUGCGCGGCACCAUUUUCGGGCGAGGCCUUGUCCAGCUUGCGGCGACCAGCACGGCGCUUUUCCUCGUCGUCUACGCCUAUGGGCUGGACCUCACCGCGGCGAUCAUUGUCUGUCUCGGGCUGGGCCUGUCGUCGACCGCGCUUGUGGUCAAGGCGCUCGACGAGGCGGGCGACCGUGCCUCGCCCUUCGGGCAGACCACGAUCGGCGUGCUCCUGUUCGAGGACCUGUCGAUCGUGCCGCUCCUUUUGCUGGUUGCGCUGCUGGCGCCCGUCGCCGGCGCCGAGGCGACCGCUGCGUCCAACAUCACCGCCGUCCUGACCGGCAUAGCCGCCAUCGUGCUCCUGAUCGGCGUGGCGCGCUACGCGCUCGAUCCGAUGUUCAACGUGCUGGCGCGGACGCGCGCGCCCGAAUUGAUGACCGCCGCAGCGCUCGGCGUUGUCAUCUUCGCGUCUCUCAUCAUGGCGCUGGCCGGCUUGUCCUAUGCGAUGGGCGCGUUCAUUGCCGGCGUGCUGCUGGCCGAAUCCUCCUAUCGCCACCAGGUCGAGGCCGACAUCGAACCGUUCCGGGGGCUGUUUCUGGGCCUGUUCUUCGUUGCGGUCGGCAUGUCGCUGGACCUGUCGGCGGUGGCGCGCAACUGGCUUUUGAUCGUUUUGGCGGUGCCGGUGCUGGUUACGGUCAAGGGCGUUGUCGUCUAUCUGGUCAACCGGCUGUUCGGCACCGAGCACGACAAGGCGAUGCGGCUCGGCUUUGCGCUGGCCCAGCACGGCGAAUUCGGCUUCGUCCUGUUUGCGGCGGCGGCGUCCGCACAGGUGAUCGACGCGGAACUGGCGGCGGUGAUGGUCUCCAUCGUCACCAUUUCGAUGGCGCUGUCCUCGCAGAACGAGCGGCUGCUGGCGUGGCUGCAGCCGCCCGCCAGGACCGCCACCAUGGACGAGGAUUUCGCCGAUGCGGGCGGUACCGCGCUGAUCAUCGGCUUUGGCCGGUUCGGCCAGAUGGUGGCGCAGCCGCUGCUCGUCCGGAACGUGCCGCUGACCUAUCUGGACAGCGAUGCGGACCGGGUGCGCGAGGCGGGCCGUUUCGGCACCCGCGUCUAUUUCGGCGACGGGGCGCGGCGCGAUGUGCUGGCCGCAGCCGGCGCCGGUUCGGCGGAACUGAUCGCCAUAUGCACCAACGGGCAGGGCGCGACCGAUGCGAUCGCCGAUCUUGUCAUGCGCGAGUUUCCCCAGGCGCGGCUGAUCGUGCGGGCCUAUGACCGCAUUCACGCGAUCCAGCUGCUCGACCGCGGCGUCGAUGAUGUGGUCCGCGAGACGGCUGCGUCGGGGAUGGAGAUGGGCGCCCGCGCGUUGGCGCUGCUUGGCCACGAUGCGGAGGCGCGGGUACAGGCCGUGCGUACGGCGCGCGAGCGCGACCGAGCGCGGCUCGAGCGGCAAAGGCAGGCGGUGGGCGGCGCGCGCGACCGCGAGGCCGCGAUCGGCCGCAUCCUGCCGCAGCCGGUGCGCCGCGCAGACGAGAACGGUUCGACGGAUCGCGCGCCGCCGGAUUGA